GCAAGAAAGAGUGCUAUUAUUAUUCUACCUUGGGUAAGAAGGCUGGGUGGCGUUCCUGACAUGACUCCCGAAUUUUUCUUGAACUUGGAAGAGCAAGGCUUCCUAACCCGUGACAGUGGCAGUAUCACUGCGUUAGGAAGUCUUUGGUGGAAGGGUGCUAUUGAUGAUGAUAGUAAGAAUAUAUAUAAAAAUCCCGUCAAAAAAAAACAGGCAACCUUUGUAGAACAAGUUUUUCGCGGUGGUGGUGCCCCUGCCAGCAUUGACCUUUAUUUGACAAUCACAUCUGUGCAACAGGUGCAGCAACACGAUUAUAAAUGGGAGGGUUUUGUCAUGAACAGCAUGAACAGUGUACUAUUUUUAAAGGAUAAUGGUUUAAAUGUGGUGGAGUUAAAAGAGAGCAUUGUUGCCGUCCUUGAACUGGCGGAAGAAUGCUUAAAGUGCAAUUCUGUAGUUGUCUGUCUCGACAAAAAAAGUCCUCAUUUAUCUACACUCAUUCGUGGCUUCUUGUACGUUGGAUUUGAACUGGUGAUGCCCGGCACGUUCAAUCAUAAUUCCAACGACUUCCUUUUAGUUGGAAUGGAAUUGUAA